GGUAACUCAACCCCCUCUUCCUUCUAGCAUUUAAUGAAUUAUAUCCUCCCCCGCCACUCCCCUUGAACCUUUUCUAUGUCUAUCCGCCGCAUUUGGUGAAAUUCAAGGUCCAUUCCUUUUGGUCCCAACUCCAAAGAAAAAGAAACAGAAGAAGAACAAGCAGAAGAAGAAGAAAGAACAACGAGAAGAAGGAGAAGGAAAAGUAAAAACCCGCAUUGAGCCAGCACUAAUCCGGGAUACUCAUUUCCAGUAUCUGGUCUCCCGUCCUUGUCCGCUUUCGUCAUCAUGGCCUCCGAACAACGCGUUUCUACCAAUGUGCCCGAUGACCAGCCCAAUCCGAGUCCGAUCGGGUCUGGUUUGAGUGUUCUGGGCGAAGACGCUUUUCUACAAGCAUCUAAUGCCACACCAGACUUGGCUAAUGAACCGAAACAACCUGUUCUCUCCGAUACUCAAUCUUACUUCACCGAUGGUGCGGUCCAUGCAACAGCUGCCACUUCAUCUGUUGCCUCCCCUUCCACCCCUGCCCAGGCGGCUGGAGACGUGAAAUCAGGACGUGAACUGCUCCGUCGGUUGAGCCUCGUAGGCACGCCCACCUUGUCAGAUAUGGAUCCACGUGAGCAAUAUCCAGGUCUGCGCCUUACCGGUCGAAUUAUCAGCGCUGCCUUCUGUGUCCCGUAUAAACUCUUCAUGCGAUCUGGUUCGGACUGGGAAUUAAAACCACGCCCGGGAACAUCUGCGUUGUUCGACUCUCUGGCCUAUCUCGGCUCCCAGGACUCGAAAUGGUCUCACACCCUCGUUGGCUGGACUGGUGAGGUAGAAUCAGUCCAAGAGACGGCGGUGCCGUUGCAGCAGAUUCCCCUCAACACCAGCGCCAAGAUUCCCACCGCUGUGAACGGAACCGCCGUUCCCCUCAAUAAAGCAGCAGCUCCAGUCCCCGUUGAUGCUAAUCAGCGGCCCCCGAGCCACCUCCUCAUGGAAGGACUCCGGGUUGGCCAAGCCGACCGGGAUCGACUCGAUAGGCAAAUGAGCUCUACUCGCUACGGUAAAAUCGCCCCUGUCUGGCUAUCAGCUGAGUCGGAUGUCGCUGAGGAGACCAUCCACUUGGAAGACCAAGGACGGUGGAGACGAUAUGCCGAAAGGGAGCUAUACCCUCUGCUUCAUUAUAAGCAACAUGGUCCUACCGAUGGGAGAUCAGAGCGCACGUGGUGGACCGACUAUGUUCGAAUGAACCGUCUAUUCGCGGAUCGUAUCGUGGAAGAAUACAAGGAGGGUGACAUUAUCUGGAUUCACGACUAUCAUCUUUUUCUCUUGCCGAGCAUGUUACGACAACGCAUACCAAAUGUUUACAUCGGCUUCUUCUUGCACGCACCAUUUCCCAGCAGCGAAUUUAUGCGUUGUCUCGCUAAGCGAAAGGAGGUACUCACCGGGGUCCUCGGUGCGAACAUGAUCGGAUUCCAAACCUUCUCCUACUCUCGUCAUUUCUCCUCGUGCUGCACCCGUGUCCUAGGUUUCGACUCCAAUUCAGCUGGAGUGGACGCAUACGGUGCCCAUGUGGCCGUCGAUGUGUUCCCUAUUGGUAUUGAUACCAGUGCUAUCCAACAAGCAGCCUUUGGUUCUACCGAGAUUGAACAAGCGGUUUCCGGAAUCCGCAAGCUGUACGCCGGCAAGAAGAUUAUUGUUGGCCGCGAUCGUUUAGACAGUGUCCGAGGUGUUGCACAGAAGCUGCAAUCUUUUGAAGUAUUCCUCGAGAAGUACCCGGAAUGGCGUGAUAAGGUGGUUCUGAUCCAGGUGACUAGUCCUACCAGUGUCGACGAGCAGAAGGAAGAAAACAAGAUUGCCAGCCAAAUUUCCAAUCUUGUCUCCACCAUCAAUGGACGAUUUGGAUCCCUGAGCUUCUCACCCGUCAAAUAUUAUCCCCAGUAUCUCUCUCCACACGAGUACUUUGCGCUGUUGCGGGUGGCUGACGUGGGCCUUAUCACGACUGUUCGUGAUGGAAUGAACACGACGAGUUUGGAAUAUAUCAUCUGUCAGCAGAACAACAAUGGUCCUUUGAUUCUUUCCGAAUUCUCGGGUACUGCGGGAACCCUCUCCAAUGCGAUUCAUAUUAACCCAUGGGACACGGUGGGUGUGGCUGCCGCGAUCAAUAAAGCUCUCUGCAUGUCUCCCGAUGAAAAAACGGCACAGCAGCAAAAGCUCUACAAGCAUGUUACGGCCAACACCGUUUCAGCCUGGUCUAAACAGUUUAUCACCCGCUUGCUCACAAAUCUCUCUUCGUUUGAUCAGUCGGUGGCCACGCCAGCUCUCGAUAGAAUCAAACUAUUGAAGCAGUACCGCAGAGCUCGUAAGAGGCUGUUUAUGUUCGAUUAUGAUGGAACCCUUACUCCGAUUGUGAAGGACCCCCAAGCAGCUAUUCCAUCGGAUCGCGUUCUGCGCACUCUAAAGACUCUUGCUGCCGACCCACGGAAUGCAGUAUGGAUCAUCAGCGGUCGCGAUCAGGCUUUCUUAGAUGAGUGGAUGGGUCAUAUUCCUGAAUUGGGACUGAGCGCCGAGCAUGGAUGUUUUAUUAGAAAGCCCCACUCUGACGAUUGGGAAAAUUUGGCCGAGCGAAGCAAUAUGGGCUGGCAGAAGGAGGUUAUGGAAACAUUCCAGCACUUUACUGAACGAACACAGGGCUCUUUCAUAGAAAGAAAGCGGGUCGCUCUUACAUGGCAUUACCGGCGUGCCGAUCCUGAAUAUGGUGCAUUUCAAGCCCGCGAGUGCCGAAAGGCGCUCGAAGAUACUGUGGCCAAGCGGUGGGAGGUUGAGGUCAUGUCAGGCAAAGCCAACUUGGAGGUGCGCCCGACUUUUGUGAACAAGGGUUUCAUCGCCGCUCGCCUAGUCAAUGAGUACGGUCCCGAGCCAGGAGAUGCACCCGAGUUCAUCUUCUGCUCGGGGGACGAUUUUACAGACGAAGACAUGUUCCGUGCUUUGCAAGAAUUCGACUUGCCACAAGACCAUGUUUACUCGGUCACUGUCGGGGCAAGUUCAAAGCAAACAUCCGCCAGUUGGCAUCUGCUCGAGCCUGCGGAUGUGAUUGAAACGAUCUCGAUGUUGAAUAACAGCUGUUCCACCCAGGAGUACUAAGUCGCUCGAGGCUCCUCUCAUGACCCGGGAUGUCUUUAUUCUCUGUUUGUUUCGUUUAGACUUUAGCUUCGCGUUCAUGCUUAUAUAUCUUCGUGUUCCGCGCCGGGCGUUGAGGGCGGAGCAGCGACAUUGAGUGACCUGUUAGAGCUCCAAGCGACUUGGGGAAAGGACUUUCGCCGGGGCAUUGGAGAGAAAAGGCUCUACUUCUGUCGCUUCUGAAUCCGAUAGCCUUUGAUACGACUUCCUUUGUGAAUUCCUUCAUAGAUGGUCAAAGUGAAGAUGAUGUGCUUCCUUUCUUCUUCUUUAUUGUUGUUUAGAAGUAUUACGCACUCAGCAAAUAUAUAUACAC